UUGUCCGUGCUGAGUUGCCGUACUGCGGCUCUGGCAGAGCCAGUUGCCACUGCUCGUCUGUUUCCUCUCCUCGCUCAAUUUCGCUCGUUGUAUGUAGCGUUGGUGGUAAACAUGUCUGUAAUGGGAGGCGGUACGAGAGGAUUUUACUUCAACACAGUCCUGUCGCUGGCCCGCUCUUUAGCUGCCCACAGUCCAGCACCGGUCGAAAAGGUCCAGAAGCUACAAUGUAUGUGUCCAGUGGAAGUCCGUGGGGUGUUCACUCUAGAUGUGCGUCGCAGAGAUGCUGUUAUUGCGUUGGCUGUGUUUUUGGUGGAAUCUGGCUUACAGCACAAAGACAUACUUGUUACUUACUUGCUGAGCCUGUUGAGAGGGCUACCACGGGUUCAAUGGAUCGAAGAAAGCUCGGGAAAGAAAGGAAAGGAAUAUCUCCCAGUUGCAGAAAACUUCAGCUACUGUCUAGUGACUAUUUUAGCCGAUGUGGCUCAGAGGGACCCAGACUCCCGACAAGAGAUCUUGAACACUAUAAUGGAGGUCAUGCAGUCAUUGCAGGAAAUGUGCCAAACACCUGAUAAUCAUGACAAAGUUUACUUGUGCAGGUAUUCUGUCCCCAGCCUGCUUGGCAUGACUCGAGCAUUUGGCCGCUACAGCUACACAGACGAAGCCCUGUUGUCCAAGCUCUUCCCCAAAGAUUCGCCCCCGGCCCGCUGCGUCACAGAGGAAACUGAGGGAGUGCGGCGCCGAUCCUUCAAUGACUUUCGUUCUAUCAUGCCAUCGUCGCUGCUUACAGUGUGCCAGAGUGAAACUCUGCGCAGAUCCACCGGGACCAACCUGGAUGCCUCUGCGCAGAUCUGUACAGAUUCGGGAGGCCACUCUCCCUGCUCUCCUACAGCGCCUGGCCCGCAUUACUUUGAAGGUGCCUACCUCCCAGACAGCAGCACAGUAGAUCCUGCCUACUAUUUCUCUACAGUCAGCUCGAGUUUCUCAGUGUCUCCUCUCUUCAUGGGGGAUGAAAACGAGGUGGAGGUGCCUGUUGAGCUGCUCCGACAGCUCUUGGGCAUGGUGAAGAAGUUUGUUUCCGACUCCUUUUUGAAAUCUCUGGAUGCCACUAUGAUGGAAGUUACAGAGUCUAAUCCUGGAAUCAACUUCUAUUACAAAACCUUCAGUGACACUCUCUAUGUGUGUGUGUUCAAAAUGCUGCGGGACACACUAUACUACAUGAAAGCCUUGCAGCCAGCAUUUGUACGGCAAGUGCAUGACUUUGUACUUGAACAGUUUAGCAGUAGUCAGUCAGAGAUGCAGCGGGUACUUUAUGACACGGGAGGGUUGCCAGUGGAACAGAGCCCUCUCAAGCUUCGUUGCCAAGCCAACGCUGCCUGCGUGGACCUCAUGGUGUGGGCUGUCAAAGAUGAACAAGGAGCUGAGAAUUUGUGCACUAAACUGUCAGAGAAGCUGCAGUCGAAAACCUCCAGUAAAGUCAUCAUUGCUCAUAUGCCCCUGCUCAUCUGUUGCCUACAGGGCCUUGGUCGUCUAUGUGAGAGGUUUCCAGUAGUUGCUCACUCUGCUACUACCUCUCUUAGGGAUUUCCUGGUAGUUCCUUCCCCUGUUCUUGUAAAACUCUAUAAGUAUCACAGCCAGUGCAACACAGGCACAGGAGAAAUUAGGAUAAAUGUGACCAAUGAGCAUUCCCAGUCCACCUUCAACCUCCUGUCCAAUAGGAAAGACCAGCCAUCUAUGUACGAGCAGCUCAGAGACAUUUCCAUUGACAAUAUAUGCAGAUGUCUGAAAGCUGGUCUGACCAUGGACAAUGUGAUAGUGGAGGCCUUUCUGGCUAGUCUGUCCAACCGUUUAUACAUUUCACAGGAGAAUGACAAGGAUGCCCAUCUGAUACCAGAUCACACCAUUCGAGCACUGGGCCAUAUUGCAGUGGCUCUGAGAGACACUCCUAAAGUCAUGGAGCACAUCCUACAAAUCCUUCAACAAAAGUUCUGCCAGCCUCCAUCACAGCUGGAUGUCCUCAUCAUCGACCAGCUUGGCUGCAUGGUCAUUACAGGAAAUCAAUACAUGUAUCAGGAGGGGUGGAACCUGUUCCAGCAGAUCAGUGUGAAGGCCAGCUCAGUGGUCUACUCAGCCACCAAAGACUACAGAGAUCAUGGCUACAGGCACUGUUCUCUGGCAGUGAUAAAUGCUCUGGCCAACAUUGCAGCCAACCUGCAGGGGGAGCAACUGGUGGAUGAGCUGAUGGUAAACCUUUUAGAGCUGUUUGUCCAACUUGGCCUGGAAGGAAAGAGAGCCAGUGAGAGGGCCUCAGACAAGGGACCAGCGCUGAAGGCAUCAAGUAGUGCUGGAAAUCUUGGAGUCCUCAUUCCGGUGAUUGCUGUGUUGACCAGGCGGCUUCCACCAAUAAAAGAGGCCAAGCCCCGUCUCCAGAAGCUGUUCAGGGACUUCUGGUUGUACUCUGUGGUCAUGGGUUUUGCUGUGGAAGGAUCAGGGCUUUGGCCAGAGGAGUGGUAUGAAGGUGUGUGUGAGAUUGCCACCACGUCUCCUCUUCUCACCUUUCCCAGUGGAGAACCUCUUCGCUCCGAACUGCAAUAUAACUCUGCCCUGAAAAAUGAUACAGUCACGCCGGCUGAGUUGAGCGAUUUGCGAGCAACGAUCAGCAAUCUUCUCGACCCACCUCCAGAAGGUUCUGCCCUCAUAAACAAGCUUGACUUUGCCAUGUCCACGUACCUGCUCUCAGUCUACAGACUGGAAUACAUGCGGAUGCUACGAUCCAAUGAUCCUGACAGGUUUCAGGUCAUGUUUCGGUAUUUUGAAGACAGAGCCAUCCAGAAAGACAAAUCUGGCAUGAUGCAGUGCAUUAUUUGUGUUAGCGAUAAGGUGUUCGAUGUCUUUCUCCAGAUGAUGGCUGAGAAGCCCAAGACCAAAGAGCAUGAGGAGGAAUUGGAGCGACAUGCCCAAUUCUUAUUGAUCAACUUUAACCACACCCACAAGAGGAUUCGCAGAGUGGCAGACAAAUACCUUUCUGGAUUGGCUGAGACAUUCCCCCAUCUGCUUUGGAGCGGUCGUGUGUUGAAGACCAUGUUGGACAUCUUGCAGACCCUCUCUCUAUCACUAAGUGCUGACAUCCACAAGGAUCAGCCAUACUAUGACAUCCCAGACACCCCAUACAGGAUCACUGUUCCUGACACAUAUGAGGCCAGAGAGAGCAUAGUGAAAGACUUUGCUGCUCGCUGUGGUGAGAUCCUGAAAGAGGCAAUGAAAUGGGCCCCUUCAGUCACAAAGUCCCACUUACAGGAGUACUUGAACAAGCAUCAGAACUGGGUGUCGGGACUGUCCCAGCACACUGGCCUGGCCAUGGCCACAGAGAGCAUACUUCACUUUGCAGGCUACAACAGACAGAGUACUACACUAGGCACCACCCAGCUGACAGAGAGACCUGCAUGCGUGAAGAAGGACUACUCCAACUUCAUGGCAUCCCUCAACCUGCGCAACCGCUACACAGGAGAGGUGGCUGGUAUGAUCCAGUUCUCACAGGCAACUCACAGCCAGUCAGAUCUCACCAAGCUGAUGAUCUAUCAGAUGACCAGUGCUCUUGACAGAAAAGACCCAGAGGCCUUCACCCAGGCCAUGUUCAAGAUGGCCGCUUUGCUUAUAACUACCAAAAACUGCAAUCCUCAACUCCUGCACCAUCUGUGUUGGUCUCCUCUGAAGAUGUUUACAGAACAUGGCAUGGAAACUGCUAUCGCAUGCUGGGAAUGGCUCCUGGCUGCACACAACGGGGUGGAAGUGCCAUUUAUGCGGGAGAUGGCAGGAGCUUGGCAGAUGACAUUAGAGCUGAAGAUGGGCUUGUUUUCGGAGGCUAAGGUAGAAGCCGGCCCUCUGGCUGUCUCAGAGGAGAGUCAACCUGCACCCUGUGAACCUGACGUCAUCCCUCACUUCCUCUGGAUAGAGUUUCUGGUGCAGAGGUUUGAGAUAGCCAAGUACAGCAGUGCUGACCAGGUGGAGAUUUUCACCUCCAUUUUGCAGAGAUCUCUUUCUCUGAGUGUCGGAGGGCCCAAAAGCAGCCUGAACCGACAUGUUGCUGCCAUUGGUCCAAGAUUCAGACUGCUGACUCUGGGUCUGACCCUUCUGCAUUCUGAUGUUGUGACAAAUGCCACCAUCAGAAAUGUCCUGCGAGAGAAGAUCUAUUCAUCAGCUUUUGACUACUUCAGUGCCACUCCCAAAUUUCCCACUCAGACCGAUAAGAAGCUGAGAGAAGACAUCAGUAUCAUGAUCAAGUUCUAUGCCAGCCUGCAGUCUGACAAAAAGUAUCUGGCUGCCAACCAGCUGGUUCCCCCAGGUACAACACAGUACAACAGUUGUCCUAUUUUAUCAGUAAUAUUAACUGAAUUAGAAUCUAAAACAUUAGCAAGAGAAUUUUGCAACUUAUAUGUGGAUUUGAUUUUACUUUGUGUAGAUCCCCAAGACAUGUCUGUGAACAGCCUGUCUGUGGUGGCAGGGGCAGAUAGCAGGAACAGUCUUGAUGCCGCUAUGGGCCAGAGGCAGCAGGUGACUCAGGGAUGGAUCAACACCUACCCUCUGUCGUCCGGGAUGUCCACCAUAUCCAAGAAAUCAGGACUGUCUAAAAAAAGCAACAGAGGCACACAGCUGCACAAGUACUACAUGAAACGCCGGACUCUUUUACUGGCUUUACUGGCCAGCGAGAUUGAGCGGCUGACAAUAUGGUACAACCCGUUAUCCACUCAGGAGCUUGCUAUUGCUACUGAACAGUCGGUGGAAACCAGCAUUGCUAACUGGAGGUCCAAAUACAUCAGUCUGACAGAGAAACAGUGGAAGGAUAACAUCAACUUGGCCUGGAGCAUAGCACCUUACCUUGCACUGCAACUGCCUGCCAGAUUUAAAAACACUGAGGCGAUUGUCUCAGAGGUGACUCGCCUAGUGCGAAUGGAUCCGGCUGCUGUGUGUGAUGUUCCAGAAGCAGUCAAGUUCCUUGUGACGUGGCACACAAUUGAUGCUGACUCUCCAGAGCUAAGUCAUGUCCUGUGCUGGGCCCCGGCAGAUCCCCCAACUGGACUGUCCUACUUCUCCUCUAUGUACCCUCCUCACCCUCUCACAGCCCAGUAUGGGGUCAAAGUACUCCGCUCCUUUCCUCCUGAUGCCAUAUUGUUUUACAUUCCUCAAAUUGUCCAAGCGCUUCGUUACGACAAGAUGGGUUAUGUGAGAGAGUACAUCCUCUGGGCUGCUCAGAAGUCUCAGCUGCUGGCUCACCAGUUCAUCUGGAACAUGAAGACCAACAUAUACCUUGACGAGGAAGGGAACCAGAAAGACCCUGACAUAGGUGAGCUGCUGGAGCAGAUGGUGGAGGAGAUCACCGGCUCUCUGUCUGGCCCGGCCAAAGACUUCUACCAGAGAGAGUUUGACUUCUUCAACAAGAUCACCAAUGUGUCAGCCAUUAUCAAGCCUUUUCCCAAAGGGGAGGAGAGGAAGAGGGCCUGCCUGGAAGCCAUGUCACAGAUCAAAGUCCAACCCGGAUGUUAUCUUCCUAGUAACCCAGAAGCCAUAGUUUUGGACAUAGACUACAAGUCUGGAACACCCAUGCAGAGUGCCGCCAAAGCUCCAUACCUGGCCAAGUUUAAAGUUAGGAGGUGUGGCGUCAGUGAACUGGAAAAAGAAGGUCUGAAGUGUUGCUUAGAUUCUGGAGAUGAGGUGAAGAGCGAAGAGGAGGCCAAGAGAAUCUGCUGGCAGGCGGCCAUCUUUAAAGUUGGAGACGACUGCAGACAGGACAUGCUGGCUCUUCAGAUCAUCAGUCUGUUUAAGAACAUCUUCCAGCUGGUUGGCCUGGAUCUCUAUGUGUUUCCUUACCGGGUCGUGGCCACAGCCCCUGGAUGUGGAGUGAUCGAGUGCAUCCCAGACUGCAAGUCUCGUGAUCAGCUGGGCCGACAGACUGACUUCGGCAUGUACGACUAUUUCAGGAACCAGUAUGGAGAUGAAUCCACAUUAGCGUUCCAGAAGGCACGGUACAACUUCAUCCGCAGUAUGGCAGCUUACAGCUUGCUGCUCUUCCUGCUGCAGAUAAAAGACAGACACAAUGGCAACAUCAUGCUGGAUAGCCAGGGCCACCUUAUCCACAUCGACUUCGGGUUCAUUUUUGAAAGCUCUCCUGGUGGGAACCUCGGCUGGGAGCCAGAUAUCAAGCUGACCGAUGAGAUGGUGAUGAUCAUGGGUGGGAAGAUGGAGGCAACACCCUUCAAAUGGUUCAUGGAGAUGUGUGUGAGGGGAUACUUGGCUGUCAGGCCCUACAUGGAUGGAGUGGUCUCCUUGGUUACACUCAUGCUGGACACUGGCCUUCCCUGCUUUAGAGGACAGACCAUCAAAUUACUCAAGCAGCGGUUCAACCCUGGUUUGAGUGAGAAAGAUGCAGCUUCCUUCAUCAUCAAAGUCAUCCAGAACUGCUUCCUCAGCAACAGGAGUAGAACCUACGACAUGAUCCAGUAUUAUCAAAACCAGAUCCCAUACUAAAUGCCUGUGCCUACGCAUGUGCAUACAUUGGCUGGUACAUAGUGUGCGUGUGUGCGUUUGUGUAUGUGCCUUUUGUUAAUGUUCAACAUUGAAAAUUGUGGCUCAUUGUUUCUGCUGAUUGUUGGAUGUCAUCCUUUGUAUUUGCUUUAGCUUCUUGUUUCCUCUUAAACUACAUUUUCUUUAUAUGACUUGUCUAUUCCCUUAUUUAUUACGUUAUGUUAAAAUCAAUGUUGUUGUUAUUAAUUCUUUUUAUAUUAUUAUGCUAGCUUCUUGACUUCUUUGCACUUAGAGAAAAAAAACUCUUGGUAAUCUGCACAUUCAGUAAAUACUUAACCAGAGUUUGUGCCAAUUUUAAAAUGUUUGUGAAUGUGGAUUCUUAGAUCUGUUGAUUUUAGAUGGGGUUUUAAAUGUAAUUGGAUACUUGAAGUAGACCAGUUUCAGUUCUGACCGAUGUGGCCUAUUAUGUCAUCUCGUACUUGACUGUACUACUGUGCUUCUCUUUUUAAUGGACUAGUCUGAGUUCUUUGAUCUGUAGCAUGGUACUUGUCUUAUAUUUAACAGUGAUGACUGACUGUAUAUACACGAGUUACACCAUCUGUAUUUUUGGGUUUUCGUAUUUGCAGUUACCAAGGGGAGGAACAAAGAACACAUGUUCAGAGAAACACUGGGGCUGAGUUUUGUAUAUUUAGCAUUGUCAAAGGGGGAGGGAAGAUAAUGCAUAUAAAUCUAACUUUUCUAUUGUUUGUGGAUGAAGGUAAGACACAGCUUGAAUGUUGGGCUGUUGCAUGAAGUUUCAUGGUUAACCACCAUGUAGCCUGUGUCCGAUGUGGCUUCUGGUAAAAUUACCUUUAGUAAUCCAAAGUGCUGUGACCCAUGUCCAUAUGGAUAGUUUAAGCCUUUAUGUAAUGUUACUGAUUGUAAAGAUUUUGCCUCUUUGUAUAUUUAUAUCCAUGGCCCAUUUUCUGUCUCCUUUUCUAUCUUCAUGCCUUUUGAAUGAGAAUGCAUAAGAUAAGAAAUCAAAUAAAGAUCUAAUAACUUUAA